CUUCAGCCUCGAGUAGUCUUGCAACUCUCCAUUCCAACUCCCCACUCCAACUCCCCAUUUCAUUUUCCCAUUUCAUUUUGUUCCACUUCGUUGAUAUUCUCACAAUGAAUCUCCUCGCCGACUUGAAGAUGAAGCAAACGCUCAUGGGGCUUGUUGCUGUUGCGACAGGCACAUCUGGCGUUCUCUUCGAAAUCGGGCGUGGCAGGGUCGUCAAGGUAGCUUAUGACACCCCCGAGGCCACGGAGAAGCUCGUGAUCGAGGAAAAGAUUUAUGAGCGUCUCGGGAUUCAUCCCUACAUCACAAGGCUUGUGUAUGAGUACAACAGAAUGAUUGUUCUCGAACAGCACGUGUGCACUAUGCGCCAACAUCUGGCGUACACACGCCAUCUUGGAGAACGUCCCCAAAAAGACCAAGUCUUCGAAUGGGCGAUCUGGAUCUCGCAAGCUCUCCACCACGCUCACUCCCAAAAUGUCCUCCAGGUCGACAUCGGUCCCCACAACGUUAUGCUGACCUCUGACGCCAUCCCGAAGUUGUGCGAUUUCGCCGGUUCGUCUAUCGAUGGAUCUCGACCUUCCGUCGAACCGCCGCCCCAUGGAGCAUAUCCAUACAUGCGGGAUGGCAUGCCGUCCAUUCACUCCGAGAUCUUUGCACUUGGUUCUAUGUUCUACGAGCUCGAGACGACACGCAAACCAUACUACAAGAAGAAGCCAAAUGAGAUCAAAAUCUUGUUCAAACGGGGAACCUUCCCUGUCACCAGAAAGCUUGUCCUAGGCGAGGUCAUCCUCAAGUGCUGGAGAUCCCAGUACAGGAACGUUGGCGAAAUCAUUCAAGAUCUCGUUCGUGUUGAGGAAGAGUACAUGGCGGCGGAAGCAGUGAGGGCGGAAGCAGAGCGGCGCCGAAGGGCAGCGCAGAACCAACGAAUACGGUAUUUCCUUGCUGCCCUUAAUCUCUUCUAUCAUCAAUGCCAUCGCCGUUGAGCUGCGUCGUUCUGAUGGGUUCCUCUCUCGACUAAGCUGCGUCGCUAAAAUGGUUUUCUCUCUCGGUUGUGCCACCCAUUUCAUUUGUUUCAAUCCCCUAAUGAUCGUGUAAUGACUCUCAUGGCUUGUACCUCUGUAUGGUUAAUCAUGUCUCCUCCCAUCUCGGUUCAUCUCGUGUAAUGGCUUCCAUGGCUUGUCUCUCUAUAUGGUCAACCAUGUCUCCUUCCAUCUUGGUGUAUCUCUGUAUGGUUAAAAAUUUCUCCUCCAUCUCGGCCUCUCUACGUAGCGAUAUAUGGUAAUCACGCUCACCAUGCACGUUUCAG